GUCGUCGAACUUGUCUGGCAUCCGGCAUAUCAGAAGCCCGCUUGUACAAUCCUUCCUAUGUCUCAUCGCUUCUUUCUACCAUCCAAUUUCCACGCAAAAGAGAGAUCUUUGCUUCUGUAACUCCAUAGAGGAGAGAGAUCCCGAGGAAAAAGAUCUCUUUUUUGCUUCGAUUUUGAUGCUUUGCUCCGAAAGAUACAAAAAGGAGCCGCCUUUUUCUGACGGCAGAGAGUUCUUGCGUCCGGUGGCACCCCGGUCAGCUCCUGGAUUGAGAGAUUAGUCCAUGGAGGCGAGCCACGGCCGGGCACUUAGCAGCAACGUGAGCGAGAUCGAGGAGGAGGCGCCGGCGAUGGAAGAGGAAGACAUGGUCUACGUCGCGGUGCCGGCGGAGUACAAGGCCGGGAAGUCCGCUUUUUUCUGGGCGAUUCAGAACACCUCGAGGGACCAGCCCAUCGUCCUCGCCCACGUCCACACCCCGGCGCAGCUGAUUCCCAUGCUGGGUGGCAAGUUUCCUGCAAGCUCGCUCAAGCAACAGCAAGUUAAUGCUUAUAGGAUGUUGGAGAAAGAAAAGAUGAAUAAGAGUUUAAAUGGCUACAUCACUAUAAGUUCACAAUUGAAGCGAAAAGUGGAGAAGGUGGUGAUUGAGAUGGAUGAUAUUGCAAAAGGGCUUGUUGAGCUCAUCGAACGACACCGGAUCACCAAACUCGUCAUGGGAGCAGCAGCAGAUAAGCAUUACUCCAAGAAAAUGAAAGAGAUUAAAUCCAAGACAGCAAUCAGUGUGAAGCAACGAGCUAAUCCAUCAUGCAGGAUAUGGUUUGUUUGCAAAGAGAAAUUGAUUUGCACCAGUGAACCUAGUUCAGAUGCAUCUCGGAUAUUACAAUCACCUAUGACUAGCCGAAGCUCCACAUACAGCCAAUGUGAACAGUUGAGAUCACCAGAUUCAUUCUUAAGACAAAAUGAAUCAUUUAAUUGGCAUGGAAGCCAUAUCCAAGAUCUGCCCGUGCAUGCAUCUACUAAUUCUAAUGGAGGUAGAAAUGUGGCAGCAUUGUCAUUUCCCUUGCCUGUUGAGCUUCCAAUUCCUCAAAGUAGAGUAAGUAUGGGGGGGAGUCCAUCUGAUCCAUGGGCAGGAAUUUCAAGGAGUUCUCAGAGUUCAUGUCGUUCAUCAUCAACAAACUAUGAGGAAAUUAGCAACUUCAGUAUGUUAUCAUUGGCCAAUUAUGAAGAGGCUGAAGCUGGGUCAGUGAUCUUAACUUCAGUGCAUGAUUCCGAGAAGGAUCUCCCUUCUGCACCUUCCCAUCAUUAUCUUGAAGAUCUGGGGUCAGAUGGUGUUGUGUAUAAUAAACUUCAAGAAGCCAUGAAAGAGGCUGAGAACUUGAAGAAUGAGGCUUAUGAAGAAUCCUGCAAGCGCCGAAAAGCUGAACUGAAUGCAGUUUUAGCUUUCCAAAAGGCCAAAGCAUCAGAGAAUUUAUACACGAAGGAGGUGAGACUCAGGAAAGAAAUCGAGGAAGCAUUUGCAAGGGAAAAGUUGGAAGUAGAAAAGCUAAAGAGUCAACACUAUGAAAUUUCUAAACGUCUCCAAAAUGCAAUCGAACAAAAGUUGGAAUUGGAUCUUAAGAUUUCUGAAUCUGAACAUGUUGCCAAAGAGUAUGACAGAAAACUCACAGAGGCGCAUCAUCUUCUCUGUUCUCUUCAAUCAGACUAUGAUUUGUUGCAGCAAGAGCGUGAUAAAGUAGUUAAAGAAGCUGAAGAGCUACUUCAGAAGAGACAGCAGACAUCUAGCAUUUCUGGGGCUUUCAGCUUGGAGUUCUCCUCGUUGGAGCUUAUGCAAGCAACUGAAAACUUCAGCAACUCAUUGAAGAUUGGAGAAGGUGGAUUUGGAUGUGUAUACAAGGGCUUUAUUCGCAACACAGCUGUCGCUAUAAAGUUGCUGCAUCAACAAAGUAUGCAAGGCCAAUCUGAGUUCCAUCAAGAGGUGACUGUCCUCAGCAGGGUGAGGCACCCAAACCUUGUCACUCUUAUUGGUGCUUGCCCGGAGAUCUUUGCUCUAGUCUAUGAGUUCCUCCCUAAUGGAAGCCUCGAAGACUGUCUUGCCUACACGAACAGCUCUGCACCCCUCACAUGGCAGGUCCGCACACGUAUCAUCGUGGAGAUAUGCUCUGCUCUGAUCUUUCUUCAUUCAAACAAUCCCCAUCCUGUCGUCCAUGGUGACCUCAAGCCUGACAACAUUCUUCUGGAUGCCAACUUUGUGAGUAAGAUUGGUGACUUUGGCAUCUGCCGUUUCCUCAAACAGUCCAAUACCAGCACCACUCUCUGUUGCCAGACAAAUCCCAAAGGCACCUUUUUAUACAUGGACCCUGAAUAUUUCCUUACAGGAGAGCUCACACCACAAUCCGAUGUUUACGCCUUUGGAAUCAUAAUCCUACGCCUCUUGACAGGGAAAUCUCCCCUGCGCAUUGCAAGAGAUGUACAGGAAGCUGUGGAUAAUGGAGACUUGCAUGCAAUUAUUGAUAAAUCUGCUGGAAACUGGCCUUUUGUGCAAGCAAACCAAUUGGCACAUUUGGGCCUAAGAUGCUCAGAGAUGAGUAGGAAGAACCGACCAGAUCUUACCCAAGAGGUAUGGAGAAUAGUUGAGCCUAUGGUGAAGGCAGCUUCAUUGUCUGUGUCAUCACUGUCACUUAGGUCAUUCUCCUGUGACAACAGCCGCAUACCUUCUUACUUCAUCUGUCCGAUCUUCCAGGAGACAAUGAAUGAUCCACAUAUAGCAGCAGAUGGCUUCACUUAUGAAGCUGAAGCUAUAAAAGGCUGGAUCGACAGCGGUCAUGAUACAUCACCUAUGACAAACUUGAAGCUUCCAAACUGCGAGCUUAUUCCGAAUCAUGCACUACGUUCAGCCAUUCAAGAAUGGCUUCAGCAGCAACAACAGCAAAUCUGAUUCUCUCUCUCUCUGUUUUCCUCUUCUCGUACAGUUGAAGUUCUUCAGUUGUUGCAGCUUGUAUAAUUUUCAGCAUCUAAAUAUUCCCUGAUACUUGAAUUUGGAUACAGGGUGUGAUAGGUAUAAGGUAGGAAAAGGAAAAGGGAAAAUGUAGUCACAGAAAAUGCUGCAUUAAGUUGUAUCAUGUGGUUAAUUUUUCUUUCUUCUCAACAUGUUCAUAAGCUGUUCUGCCCGUCUUGAUUUGAUUGAGUGGAAUAUCAUACUUCCUAGGUUUCAAA